GCGUGGGGCACGGGUGGGACUGCAGGCCGGGCAGGAGGGGGCGGUCAGUGGCACAGCUCUGGUCUCAGCAUUCAGGAGUGGAGGUGAGUGUCGGGACCAGGCACUUCCACCCGCAUGUUAGUCCUGAGCCCGGGGGUGUCCUCUCCUGCCCCCAGGGACUAGAAGUCUAGGCAGAUGGCCGUGUGUGCCUGACCUCGGGGGCAGGGUUUGGGGCCCACAUUACCCCCUCUGGGGAGGUCCAGGCGGCCCCGGGUGCCUCCUCCCCAGCUAUGAGGCACCAGCUUUGCAGAGCUCCACCCUGGGGAGCGUGGAGGAGCUGGUGGAUGGACUCACCUACUCCACCUCCCUGGGCCUGGGGCAGGCUGUCUACACCCAGGACCCCGUUCCAAACCUGGCAACCUGCCAGGGCCCUCCCAGGGCUGCCCCACGAGAGUGGCAGACAGUCCCACUCCAGGGGGCCUGGAACCUCAUUCCCGGGGGGGACCCCGUGCCUCUCCUUGCUCACAUCCCAGGGGGCUGGGGGCUCUCGGGUGAGCUGCAAACCUCCCUUGUCCUGGUGGGUCCUGGGUUUCCCACUGACUAAAUCCCUGCUGCCCCCCUCAGCCUGAACAUGAGCCAACUGUUCAUGGGACUGAGGUCCCCAGGCGCAGGGCUCCCCAGACAGGCACAAGGAGGAAGUGGAGAAAGCGCACGGCACCAGUGGAACCAGCUCCAAACACCAGCCGGAGCAGUCCCGAGGCCACACUCCCUCCCGAGGACGCUGACCAGCCCACACAUGUGCAGGAGAAGCAGGGACUGUUCAGGGCAAGAAGGUCGUCUUCAGGGGCAACCCUCAGCCGGAACGCUUGUUGGUCCCUACUCCCUGCCACGGACGCUGACCAGCCGGCCACGGGCCCGCGGCUCCCCCGGUCAGCACCCACCCCCUCCUCGGCACAGUCGGGCCUCUGCCCACAGCCCGCGGUGUGUCUUGAGUGUCCCCACACGUGUCUGAGCCGCAGUGUGCUCCUCUGACAGGCAGGGUGGCUGGCAAUCAGCCUGUUAGGGUGCCCAAGGGGAACACGGGAGGAGCCUUAGAGGGGCUCCCCUGGCACUGGGUGCUGCAGAAAGGACUGCUGGCCAAGCUGGGCCACUUUGGGGCUGUUACUUCUCUGUACCCGAUGAAAAGCCUUGGGCCUCACCCAUCAGGGGCCUCAAUUUCGAAAAGCACAUGGAAAGCAGCCUUUGGAGGGGAGGCUCGCGAUUCCCUGUGGUGGGGCCCGGUCCUUGUCCUCACUGAGGCCACAUGAGGGACCUCUGGGGGCAGCAGAGGGGUACCUGGGAAGGCUCGGGUAGGACUUCCUUCAGCAACAAUAGGUGUGCAGCACCCACUUUGUGCAGGCCCUUUGGGCCCACUUAGCAUAACUGAGUGAAGGAAGCAGACACAAUACUGGGACCCCGUCCCGGGUGGAGUCGGGCAGUCACUUCAGGCGUCAUCCGCAGGUCACGGCCGGGGAGCGUCACGGGCGAUGCCCUCAUGGUCUCCUCAUGUGAUGAGGGGCAUGACGAGGGGCCAGAGGAGGAUCUGAGAAUCCCCAGGAUGGGACGGGCUAGGCGCCUGGCCUGGGAGCCCCAGCGUGUGCCCAGUGUCAUCGAUGCCAGCCAGCUGUCAUCCACCCUGGUGGGCCGAGUCCUCCACCACUUGGUCCAGGAGGAGCACCUGGGGCCCGCGGUGGCAGAGCUGGAAGACCCACGGCAGAGGCAGCUGGCUCCAGAGACACAGGGGGGCCCCGCUUCGUGGGUAGAGCCCGUCCAGGAGCUCCCUGCGACCCCUGUGCUGGAGCUACGGCCGGUGUCACCUGCUUCAGCCCCUGAAGAGCCGGAGGAUGUCCCAGCAGUGGCCUCAGCCCCGGGUCCAGGCCCUGAGCUGGAGCCCCAUGAGCCCUUGGGCACGGGGCCUGGAGCACCAGCCGGAAUGGCAUUAGGCCUGGCAGAGCCAGGGGCAGACCCGGAGCCCACCAGACCCUGUGCCAUGAGCCCCUGGGACAUCCCAGGAGUGGUCUCAGGCCCCGAGCUGGAGCCCCAUGAGCCAUCGGGCCCGGGGCCCAUGGCACCUGCCAGAAUGGCACUGGGCCUGGCAGAGCCAGAGGCGGACCUGGAGCCCACCAGACCCUGUGCCAUGAGCCCCUGGGACAUCCCAGGAGUGGUCUCAGGCCCCGAGCUGGAGCCCCAUGAGCCUUCGAGCCCGGGACCCGUGGCACCUGCCGGAAUGGCACUGGGCCUGGAAGAGCCAGAGGCGGACCCGGAGCCCACCAGCCCCUGUGCCUGGAGCACCUGGGAUGAGCCGGGGGAGGAGGAGCCGACGAUCCUGGCGUUUCCCCCCUCCCUGGUGGCCGAGCAGCUGACCCUGAUGUGUGCGGAGCUGUACGGCAGGAUUGAAUUUGGUGAAUGUAAGACCUACUUAGAGAGCCAGCCACUGAUGGAAGGCAUUGAGCUCCUGGCCCCCAACAUCCAUAACAUCAUGAGGCAAUUUGAUGCCACGUUUUACUUCGUCACCUCCUCCUGCCUCGGGGCCCCGAGCUUGAUGGCCCAGGACAGGGCCCGAGUGGUGGAGUUCUGGAUCCAGGUGGCCAAGGAGUGCCUGGACCUCAAAAAUUUCGAGUCCCUCCACGCCAUUCUCUGUGCCCUGGGGAGCUCUGCUGUGUGUCGUCUGGAGAGCACCUGGGGACAUGUUUCCUGGAAGAGCUUCUGGAGCUAUAAAAAACUUCAAAAGAGGGACCAGGGGCUUAACGGGAAGCAGCUCCUCAAGGAGGCGAGGGCCACGGUGAGGCGACGGCGGCAGGCCCCCUACGGAUACCUGGAUAGGAAGGCGCAGGGCAUAGUCCCGUUCCUUGGAUAUUUUCUGCGUGACGUGCCCAUGGACCAACUCUCGGAAUAUAAUGCGGACGUGAGUGACCCAGCGAGGCACCGGAAGGGCAGGAUGGUCACUCUCAUCGGACGUGAGAUCAUGAUGCACAAGCGCGUGGCCGCGCUGUAUGACCUGGAGCCCGAUGAGCGCUUCCUGUCCUUCUUUCAAACCGUGGAGCCCCUGGAUGAGGAGAAGAGCUACCGCCUGUCCUGCCAGCUGGAGGCCUCAGGCCAGUGGGCCAGGAUAAAGGGGCUGUUGCAGUUCUUCAGGUCCCACGAGAUAUAAACUUAGUGGCCAGGGCCAGCUGCUGUCAUCGGGCCCGUGGUCCUGCUGGUGUCCUGGCUGCGUGCGGACAAGAGCUUCUUCCCCUUCAGCAGGUGGCACCUGGCGCCCCAGGACCCCAGUCUGCUUGC